AUGGAUUGUCUUAGCCAUAUUGUAACGCUUUUCAUUUAUCAUUCAAAUUUAUCUCAAUAUCUAUUUCAAGGUGUAUGUUAUCGUGGUAUGAGAAUACUACGACAUAAUUUAAAUCAAUAUCAACUGGAUCAACAUAUAGUAAAUCGUUCAUUUUUAUCAACAUCUAUUGAUCGUCAAGUAACUGAAAUGUUUACUGAUGAAGAUUAA